AACAGAGAGACAGCAUAGCUCUUUUUUCUUUUCUUUUAGUUCUUAUUUUUUCCUUUCAGGGUUUCAGUGUUUGUUAUAUUAAUCGAUAAGCCCAUCAUCCAUCCCAUCUGUUUCGGUCGUUCUGUAUAUUUUCCUCACCAGAAAACCAUUUUUUUCUAAAUUUAGGGACAUAUAUAUAGCUAGGACUCACUGAUCCGAGCUAGGCUAUUCUAACGCCUUUGUAUUUUCCACAAAACAAGAAUCCAAGCUCUCUAAUCUCCUUUUCCUCUGUUAAAAUUUCGCUUCUGUGUACAAUAGAACCUCUCUGUGUUCAGGUCAGUCUCUGUUGCAUUAGUACGUUUUUGUUACUCUUUUUACCAUCCCAAGAAAGAAACUUAAUCAAUGGCAAUGAAGUCCAAGAGAUUUUGAUCUGGUUUUGUACAAAAUCUCAGAUUGCUUCUCAUUUGUAGCUAGUAUUCCCUUCCAUCAAAAUUUUGAUUCAACACCAAGGAGAAUGCUAUUUCUAGUUUGGACCAACAAUCUGGAUAUGUGGGUUCUUCAAGAGAAUAGAACUCUGGUCCUGGAUAUGAGAAUUAGAACGUAUUGACUCUGAUAUUUUAGUCUUUUAUUUUCCGUUGUUGAGUGUAUCAAAGCAGUUUGUAUAUAUAUCUCAAUUGCCACUGUAUUUCCGGGUCAAAACAAUGAAAUUUUCUUCACAAUUUCCCAGUCUCCUCCUUGAUUGAAUAUUCCGAGGUAAUCAUGAGGUAAAUCUUAGUUGUUUUUCUUUGAGAAGGAUAAGAACUUGAAUUGUACACGGAAUCCACCUAACUUACAUAUUGUUCAGGUGCCUUAAUUAGUUCUUCUAGGUGUUGUAUUUCAACUAACUUAAGAAACAAGCUAGACGCCGCUCUCUUAUCUCUUCCCCAAGUUAUUCAAGAUUUACGUGUUCUUUUAAUUUAGACUGGGUUUUGGGGUAUGGUCUUAAUUUAAAUACUUAGUUUCCAUCUUGUUUAUAAAUACUGAUUUUCAGGUGAAGCAAACCAACAAUGUCAUCUCCUUGCUGCAACAAAGCAGCAGCGAACGCAGUAUUGUACAUUUGUUGAUAAUUGAAGAAGAUGGAGAUAAUCUACCAGCCCUAUAUCGAUCCCGACUACGAAUGCCUCAUUGAAAGAAUCUACCCGCCGUGGAUUUGUAUCGACAACGACACAUGCAAAGAUUGCACCCUUGUGAAGGUUGACAGUGCAAACAAGCACGGGAUUCUACUUGAGAUGGUCCAAGUUUUGACAGAUCUUGAUCUUGUUAUUUCCAAAUCGUAUAUAUCCUCUGAUGGUGGAUGGUUUAUGGAUGUGUUCCAUGUGACGGAUCAACUCGGCAACAAAAUCACUGACGAGAGCAUCAUACUUUAUAUCCAGCAGGCACUUUGUGCUAAGAGGGGAGGGACUACAAAGGAGGCAAGGAUAUGUUUAGGAAAAGAAGUGGCACCGGGAGUGAAAGACCUGGCCCUAGAAUUGACCACCAAGGACAGACCGGGCUUAAUGUCUGAGAUCUCUGCAGUCCUAGUUGAGCUCGGCUGCAAUAUAACGGCAGCCGUGACUUGGACCCACAACUCCCGAACAGCCAGCAUCUUCUAUGUCGAAGAUGGGGUGAAAGGAGGCCCAAUUACAGACCCGAUACGCCUAGCAAAUGUACAAGAGCACCUAGAAAAUGUGAUCGAAGCUCAUCACGAAGAAGGCGAGAAGAGGAGUGUUAGGUUGACUACUCCUGCAGUCGGAAGAACGCACACAGAGCGGCGGCUCCACCAACUGAUGUACGAGGAUGAGGACUACGAGAUGUGUAGGGGUUGUGAUGGUGGUGGUAAAGGACACAAGAAGUGUUGUGACCGAAUUCAUGUCUCGAUAGAGAGUUGCAAGGAGAAGGGGUAUUGGAUUGUCAAUGUAAGAUGUAGAGACCGUCCCAAACUGUUGUUCGACACAGUUUGUGCUCUCACUGACUUGCAAUAUGUUGUGUCCCAUGCUCUGGUUUCUUCCAGCGGUACCAUGGCUGAUCAGGAAUAUUUCGUGAGGCACAAGGAUGGCUACACUUUGAACGCAGAAAGUGAAAGGCACAAACUCGGUCUAUGUCUAGUUGCUGCAAUAGAGAGAAGGACCUCGCAAGGAUUAAGACUUGACCUGUGUGCCAAAAAUCGGAUGGGGCUAUUGUCUGACAUCACAAGGGUUUUCCGAGAGAGUGGCUUAUCGAUAUCAAGAGUCGAAAUUGGAACAUAUGGUGAGAGAGCAGUGGGAUCUAUUUAUGUGACAGAUGCUUCGGGUCAUGAUGUAGAUCCGAACACAGUGGAAUUGGUGAGGAAGGAGAUUGGAGGAUCUGUGGUUGUAGUUCACAAACCACAGAAUUGGACUGCUCCUGGUUCUUCUUCAGGGGCAAGCCAGAGAGUACCAUACACAAUAGUAGAAGAAGCUAGACCAAGAUUGUCACUUGGAAGUUUGGUCUGGUCUCAACUGGAGCGCCUUUCGAGCAACUUUGGACCCAUUAGAUUAUAAGGAGCUUCAGAGGUUAUUUUCAUGGUGUUUUGUUGUAGGCAUGAAUGUCUUAUAUCUGUACAUAAGUUUGUACAAUCAGUAAUUUUUCUCUUCUUCCCUUCUAGUGAAGUUCAAUUAAGGUUGAUCUAAGAU